AGAGUGACCUGGGUUUGUCUGUGUCCGCCGUGUCGAGAGUAAUGAUGCGGGUGUGCUGGUUGGUGAGACAGGAUAACCGGCACCAGCGAAUCAAACUUCCACAUUUGGAAGCAGUCAUGGUUGGGCGUGGUCCAGAGACCAAGAUCGUUGACAAGAAAUGUUCUCGACAACAAGUACAGUUGAAAGCAGAGUGUAACAAAGGAUACGUCAAGGUAAAGCAGGUAGGGGUCAAUCCCACCAGCAUUGACUCAGUCAUAAUUGGGAAGGACCAAGAGGUGAAGCUGCAGCCUGGCCAGGUUCUCCACAUGGUGAAUGAACUUUAUCCAUAUAUCGUAGAAUUUGAAGAAGAGGCAGAGAGCCCUGGCCUGGAAACACCCAGGAAGAGAAAGAGGUCAGGCAGCAGUGAUUCUAUAGAAAGAGAUGCUGCCCAGGAAGCGGAGUCCUGUACAGGACUGGAACCUGGGAGUGAUCCUAGCCAAUCUGCUCUGCCCUCAAAAAAGGGGAAAGAUAUAUCUACCAAAAAGGAAUCAUUGGGCCACUGGAGUCAAGGCUUGAAAAUUUCUAUGCAGGAUCCCAAAAUGCAGGUUUACAAAGAUGAGCAGGUGGUGGUGAUUAAGGAUAAAUAUCCCAAGGCUCGUCACCACUGGCUGGUCUUACCGUGGGCUGCCAUUUCCAGUCUGAAGGUUGUGACCAGGGAACACCUUGAGCUUCUCAAACACAUGCACACUGUGGGGGAAAAGAUGAUCACAGAUUUUGCUGGGUCCAGCAAACUCCGCUUCCGAUUGGGUUACCAUGCCAUUCCCAGCAUGAGCCAUGUACACCUUCAUGUGAUCAGCCAGGAUUUUGAUUCUCCUUGCCUUAAAAACAAAAAGCAUUGGAAUUCUUUCAAUACAGAAUACUUCCUAGAAUCACAAGCUGUGAUAGAGAUGGUACAGGACACUGGCAGAGUGAGUGUCCGGGAUGGGAUGCCUGAGCUCUUGAAGCUGCCUCUCCGUUGUCACGAGUGUCAGCAGCUGCUGCCUUCCGUUCCUCAGCUGAAAGGGCAUCUCAGGAGGCAUUGGCCAAAGUGAUUCCGUGGAGCCUGGACUUUUGCAGCAGGUGUGGCUGAUUGUUUAGAACAAAGUCCUUGCACCUGUUCUGGAUUGCCUGUGAACUUUUAUUUCUUGAAUUAAAACAUGCAGCCUUUUUUUU